CCCCUUUUGUUCAUUGCAAAAGCUGCAAAGGAGAAGGAGGACAGAGAAAGAGAGGGACCAGAGAGAGAGCCUCUGUCCUCCCCAUCCAAGGAGCCUGCUUUGUGCCUCCUUCUCCAGCUCAAGAGCAUCCUUGGACUGCUCCAUCCCUGCAUCCCUCCUCCAUCCUUUCUCCUUUGGAUGCACUUGGACCCUCAUCCUUAGGGAGUGGCUGGACCUCCUGCUACAGAUUGAAAGCUGCUUGGAUUGUGUUCCUCCCUCCCUCCCUUCUUUCUUGCUAUCUGUCUCUUUUUAAUACAUAGAGUGGGUUGGUGGUGUGGCCUACAGCUCCUCACAAGACAAGAUCAUCAUUUCAUCAUCCCCCAUUCACACACAUCAGCCCCUCUUUGGCAAAAAGCAUCAGGGCUGGAAGACCUGGAAGAGUGCUCUUUGCAGUCAUCCCGGCCGGAUCUGUGGUUGGUUGACCCUUGCAGCUGCUGGCGUGCAUGAAAGCCGAGAGCAUAGGACCGAGGAGAACCGGAGUGCCUUCCUUUUGUGGGUUCUGGAGAUGUCCUAAGGCCCCUCCAAAAGGCAUUGGAACCACUUUGUGCAUUAGGUCUCAGAAUAUAGAUGAAGGGCUCUGUCACAUAGAUGCCUGAGGCUGUGCUAUCAGCUAGUCUACCGGAGGACCAAAGGCAUACCACAGCGUGAGACACAUCGCUGGGCAAAGAUGCUGAAGCCGAGUGGACUUAAAAUUCCCGGGAGGGCUGGGAAACACUCCAGCCCCGUGCCACGUCCCGGUGGGACAACGACGACUGCAACCACAACUGCCACUGCCACAAAAGAAGGAUCACCACUGCACAAACAGGGCUCUACAUCUUCUGCAGCCACCGCCGAGAAGCCUCCAGGAUCAAAGGUUGCCGAAGUGGGAGAUGACUUCUUGGGGGAUUUUGUGGUGGGAGAACGUGUCUGGGUCAAUGGAGUCAAGCCGGGUGUGAUCCAGUAUCUGGGGGAGACUCAGUUCGCCCCAGGACAGUGGGCAGGGGUGGUUCUGGAUGACCCAGUGGGGAAGAACGAUGGCUCCGUGGGUGGAGUGCGCUACUUUGAGUGCCAACCUCUCCAAGGGAUCUUCACUCGGCCUUCCAAGUUGACCCGCCAGCCAACAGCAGAGGGGUCCGGGAGCGAUGCCCAUUCGGUGGAGUCCUUGACAGCCCAGAACUUGUCCUUGCACUCGGGAACCUCCACCCCACCUCUCUCCACCCGUGUCAUCCCCCUCCGGGAGAGCGUCCUCAAUAGCACCAUGAAGACCGGGAACGAAUCUGGAUCCAACCUGUCGGACAGUGGGUCAGUGAAGAAAGGGGAUAAAGACUUCAGGCUCGGAGACCGCGUCCUGGUUGGUGGAACAAAAACCGGCGUCGUGCGCUACGUGGGGGAGACGGAUUUUGCCAAAGGGGAAUGGUGUGGGGUGGAGCUGGACGAACCGCUGGGGAAGAAUGAUGGAGCUGUUGCCGGAACAAGGUAUUUUCAGUGCCCUCCCAAGUUUGGCCUCUUUGCGCCUAUCCACAAGGUGAUCCGGAUCGGUUUCCCCUCCACCAGCCCAGCCAAAGCCAAGAAGAGUAAGCGGAUGGCCAUGGGGGUGUCUGCCUUGACCCACAGCCCUAGCAGCUCAUCCAUCAGCUCCGUUAGUUCCGUGGCCUCCUCUGUUGGGGGGCGGCCCAGCCGGAGUGGACUGCUGACGGAGACCUCCUCCCGCUACGCCCGGAAGAUCUCCGGCACCACGGCCCUCCAGGAGGCUCUGAAGGAGAAGCAGCAGCACAUCGAGCAGCUCCUGGCGGAGAGGGACCUGGAGCGCGCAGAAGUUGCAAAGGCAACCAGCCGCAUCUGUGAGGUGGAGAAGGAGAUCGCCAUCCUGAAGGCCCAGCAUGAGCAGUAUAUCACCGAAGCGGAAGGCAAUUUGCAAAGAGCACGGACAGUGCUGGAAGGAGCCCAGAAGGAAAAAAUGGAGUUGCUCAACCAGUUAGAAGAGGAGAAAAGAAAAGUAGAAGAUUUGCAGUUUCGUGUUGAGGAGGAAUCUAUUACAAAGGGAGACUUGGAGACCCAGACGCAGCUGGAGCAUGCCCGAAUACGGGAGCUCGAGCAGAGUCUCCUGGUUGAGAAGACGCAGGCCGAAAAGCUUCUCAAAGAGUUGGAGGACACCAGGCUGACCACUGUUGCAGAGAAGUCAAGAAGUCAGCUUGAGGAAGAGUUGUCCUUAACCGAACAAGAGUGGAGGGACCUGAGACAGUGUUUGAAGGCCUCCAAUCAGCCAGUCCCAGACCACACCUUGGCCUGCAAACCGAAGCCCUCCGUCUGCGGGAUCGGCUGUUCGGCCAACAAGGAGCACCAGCAAGAAAGCAUCCAGCUGAAGGAGAAGCAUAAGAGGACCCUGAAGAACAUCAUAUUCCAGAGCUCCUUUGGGGAACAAAAUCUUGCUUUAUCUUCUCUCUGUGUCUGUGUUUUUUGUUCUUCUCCCUUUUGUCUGCCAGCAUUGGAAAACAGAUGCAGAAGCACGGAGAGGAAGGCAGAUUCUCUAUUGAAAGAGAAGAAAAGGCUGGAGGCGGAACUGGAGACGGUGUCCAGAAAAACACACGAUGCCUCUGGUCAGCUGGUUCUGAUCAGUCAGGAACUACUGAAGAAAGAAAGAAACCUGAAUGAGCUGCGGGCGUUGCUGAUGGAAGCCAACCGGCACUCUCCUGGACCCGAGCGGGACUUGAGCCGCGAAGUGCACAAAGCCGAAUGGAGGCAGAAAGAGCAGAAGCUCAAAGACGACAUCAAGGGCCUAAGGGAAAAACUGAUAGUCCUGGAUAAAGAGAAAGGCGUAACGGACCAGCGGCGCUACUCCCUGAUCGACCCUUCGUCGGAGUCAGAGGUCCUGCGGUUGCAGCAUCGCCUGGUCAGCACCGAGGAUGUCUUGAGGAACGCCUUGGAGCAGGGCCAGCAGAUGGAAAAGCUCAUGGAGGCAAUGAGGACUUGUUCGGAAAAAGCACAGACCAUUGGAAACUCCGGAUCUGCGAAUGGGAUCCAUCAACAGGAUAAAUCUCAUAAGCAAGAGGAGAAGCACUGAUGAAGGAGAAAAGGUGGAGAGGACUCUGAUGAUAGGAUUUGCUUGUCAGAAAAAGGCCAGACAAGGGAUGCCUCCCUCUGUUUCGUCCCAGACCCCAAUUUAAGCGCCACCUAAAAAUGUUUUGGCUCUAUGAACACUAAAGGAGAUGGUUCUCCCCAACUUUCCCAGCUGUGCCUGGCUCACGAAGAAAGCGGUACAAGAGUCGUAUGCUUGUAGUUGAAAUGUCUUCUCCACCAUUUGCAGCAUCCAGUGGCCGCAACGAUAACGUGGGUUAUGUUUUGCCAAGGGUUUUUUUGUGUGGCGAUGAGGGGUGUUGUCCUCAUAUAUUGGCUGGUAGAAAUGUGCCAUGGCAGUGUCCUUACAUCUUUCUUUUCCUUAGCAAAUUCCCAAGACUCUCAGCCCAGGGAGUUUGCACAUGAUGUUGGAACAUCUCCCUCUGGAUCCUGAUGGAUGUUCAUUUCUGUUCCCCUCUCCCAUGUUUGAUGCGCCUGCAAAAUGGCAAUGGCCAACGGGGGACAAGAUGUCAGCUGGAACAUAAUCUAUUCUCUAUAUAAAAGACUCCCGAGGUCCAGAACGUGGAGACCGCGCAUAAUCUUAUUCAUAUAACGGAAUACAAAUGUUGAGGUGGACUUUUAACUUAUUUUAUCUUGGGUAGUUAUUGAGUCCUUUGAGUUGUUCGGAGCUGAUGAUAUCUCUUGUCUCUUCGGAGAGAUCUCUGCUUUAACCCACAUCUGAAGUCUGAAACAAGAGCCAAGCUUGACGUUGUUGGAAGGAUGGGAUCUUCCGUGUCUUCCUUUCCCUGUGGCUUUCAUCAAGCGUGCAUCUGAAGUUCUGUAACAUUUUUUCCCUAUAGCCCAAGGGUUAAUUUUUCUUGCCAGUUUUACACAUGCAUUAGAAUUGAGACUGUCUCCUUCACCUCCAAAAGCUGUGCUACUUUUAGGCUUCAGCUGUGACUUGGUGCAUUCAGGGGUUCGGCCAAAAAGUAAAAAAUGGCCUGUUACAGACCGCCAAAAUAAAGCUGCUUUGGGUCUCUUUGGAGGUAU